AUGGAGGCUGUGUGUGAAGAGAGUUUGCACAGGUUUUUGGGAGCUGUGCGUGUCGAUUGGAGGAACCAGUUCUGUGUCACCCCACCCAACAUAAGCUUCACAUUCUUACUGACAGAGGAAGACAAACCUCAAACCCCUGAGGGCUCUUUGCUGAAGCUCCAGGCUCUGGAGGGAGACACCAGCCCUUCUUCAGACACCUCUCCCGAAGAAAGUCCACCCAGCCUGGGAUUCAAAGACGAAAUCCUGAUUCCUUCGUGCAAUGGCGUUGGGCAAGAGCACAGCUCACCAGACUGUAGGCUGGCAGAGGGUGACUGUAGCAGUGAUCUCCAGCAGAGCCCGGGGCCCAGUCGACUCAUCCAGCACAUCACAGAUGACAACAGCCCCCUGCCCUCCCCACGCUGCUCCAGCCUCAGCCGGAGCCAACGCUUCAACACAGACCCUGAAUGUGCCCCGUCUCCACCCUGCGCACAGCAUCUCAUCAUGGCUCGUGGAGUUGUUAGAACAGAGGUUCCUGGAGAUGCAAAGGAAGCUACUUCCAUCCCACUCCUCACCAAACACAUCCAAACUCUCAAGAGGAAAAUACGCAGGUUUGAGGAGCGCUUUGAGCACGAAAUGAACUAUAAGCCUUCACAUAAUGAUAAAUCGGCCAAUCCAGAGAUGUUCAAGCUCAUAAGUGAACUAGCCAGGUCUCGCAAGCAGCUCAAAGAUUUGAAGCUUAGACAGACAUUUGAGGAAUCCCGGACACAUGAGAACAACCAGUUCACAGAUAUUUGCAGGUACACCAACGGCCAGCAGGAGAUGCCAGAGCAGCAGCACAAGCCCUCUCUGGAGGAGACGGUGGACACACUCCUGAAACUACUACGGGAGAAACGCCAGGCCCUCGGCCUCCCAGACAACAUGAAGGAGAUGACCCAAAGACAGAUGGCCCUGGAGAAGAUCACUCUACAAAAAUGUCUGCUGAAUUUUGAGAGCCUACACGGCCGCCCUGGCACCAAACAAGAGAAAAACCUGGUAAAACCUCUCUAUGAUAGAUACCAGAUGGUGAAACAUCUCCUGUGUGCGACUCCCACUAUUACAACUAUAGAAGAAGAAGAAGGCUCAGAUGAUGACUCUGUUCGGUACACACCCCCACCCCUGUGCCUCACUGAUAAGAGAGGCUGUGGGGAGGAGGAGGGAGACAGUGACCCAGCCUUUGUGUCUCCGCUGGAUGAGAUCAAGACAGUGAGACAUUCAGCCAUAACCAUGUCCAACCUCCACGAGGCCUCCAGGUCUGAGUUGCUGGAGUGUUUGCGUGAGACUCGAGCCGAGAAGAAGAGACGACGUAAAGUCAUCAGAGAGUUUGAAGAGCAGUUUCUCACACAGAUGGGAAGAACUGCACAAAAAGAUGACCGAAUCCCCAUGGCCGAGGAGUACCAGGAGUACAAAAGUCUUAAAGCCAAAUUACGCUUACUGGACGUGUUGCUCAGCAAACAGGAAACCACAUAGACUAUCUGAGUUAAAGAGAUU